UGUUUUUUAGAAGCUCACACCAAGCCUAAUGGCGACGAUGAUGACUUUCGCCCCCUGCAAGCUCAGUUCUUUACGCAUUUUGCCACCCUUACCCUCAACGACACGUCGUUUGGUCAAGCCUGCACACUGCGUACCCAUCCAACAACAACGACAAGAACCAGAGGGUGAUGUAGCAGUUCUGUGCGAGGCCUGCAAUGGCAGAGGGUGGUUGCUCUGUGAAUUUUGCAAAGGCCAGAAAACCAAUGUGAAAUCUGAGACCAAUCGAAUCUACCGUCGAUGCCCAGCUUGUAGAGCUAUUGGUCAGGUUUUAUGUUCAAAGUGCAAAGUUUUCAAAUGUGUCACAUUCCCAAAUUACAAUGAUGGUGAACAGAUGUCUUUUUGACCCUUUAAUUUCAUCUGGGUUGCUUCCUUAUUGAUACAUAUGAAUAUGAUAUGAGUUAGGAGGGAUUGAUUGAUUCCUCCACAACUACUUUGAUUUUUUGGAGAUGGUUUUCAUUGUUUUGAACAGCUUAUGUUCACUGUUAAGGUUCUUUUUUUUUUUUUUGCUCAUGUGUAAUUUGUUUGAGAGGAAGCAAUAUUACAAGUGAAAAUGGCAAGACCAUUUUUAUAAAUUUUCUAA